AUGUCCCUCAUUACCGAUGACCUCCUCCUGAAACUGUGGGAGCUAGACCAGACACAGCAGCCCGAAGAGCGAGCAUCAGCAAAUAGUGGCCGUCGGGGCGUGGACAUUACCGUCGAAAAUAUGCGCGAGGGGAUCAGUCUCGCGGUGCUCGUGUUUCACAAGGCCGAAGCAUCGGACAGAAGCCCUCGAGCUGUCGAGAGAGCGGAGGCUCGAGCGUACGAUGCUUGCGUGAGGUGUUUGGAGGCCCACCCUGACCGGGAAUAUGUGUACGCGUUCACGACAUUUGGGACCAGAGGUCGAGCAUGGCGGUGCGGUCGCGGGGAAGAUUUUUUGACUGCUUUAUUCGGGUCCCAGGGCUUGGGUGAGCCCGACCAGUACAUUGAGGUGCAUUCCCCGGAGGCUCGGCGGAUCAGUCAAGCUGUACGAAUGAUGAGGGCUGCGUUACCAGAUUAUUGA